GUGGUGGGAAGAGCAUAAGGCGCAAAAAAAGGCCAGCCUCAUGGUUGCCAGCAGCAGCUCGAGAAAGGAAGCGACGGGGAAUCGAAUCGGAAAAUCUGCACUGCACUGCACUUUGGGCCUCCAUUUCAACCGCCGUGUCCAUAAUUGUCUUCUCAUUGUUGAACACCGGUCAGCUCGCCUCCUUUCCUCUUCUGGCGGCCCCGUAGAUCCAGCCUCAAUCUUCAACAACCUUUUUCCUCUCAGCCAGACGCGCUGCUGAGUCUCGUCCUCCUUUAUACGCCUUCCACCUCGUCACUCGUUUACAGUCGACUCGCUAGACGUUCGAUACGCUUCAGACGUGGAACUAGAUCUGACUUUAGCUCGUCCAAAUCCAACGAUACAAAUCAUCCUGAGAAAACGACAGACAUAACCACUUCUCCAUCAACCUCUGUCGAGUCGAGAUUCCUUGCAGCCAUAUGCCUGCUCCCACUCUUACUUUUGCCAUGUCCGAUUAUUCGAGAGUCACGAGAGAGAACAGAACAUCACCCAUGUCGUCCUUCGUCCGCUGGCUGCGCCUGAAAAAGUACCAAUAUGAGGUGACCUUCUCAUUGUACAUGCUCACUCCCACCGAGCGGUUCAUUUUCAACUUCAUCCUCUUCAUGCUCGUCUCUCUUCUCGUCACCGCCGCGUACUACUAUCUUCCCAACCAUGUCUUGAUCAUCUACAACCGAGUCUGGUACUAUCUGCAGGGCGAGUUGGCAUCCAAGACAGCGGCAGCAGGAGCAGCGAACAAGAGCAUUUACAUAGCAGAUGGCCUGAGGACCACUGCAGCAGCAUUGAAGGCGGCCUCUGUCGAAUCGACUACAGCCACGUUGAAAGAGUUGUAAAAUGAGAUACCCCUAAUGUUAUUCUUUUACAAGGAGUUGUAUGGCAGCGACAUUGGUAGCAUCGGCUUUCAUAUAAUCCAUUACAACGACAUGACUCCGUCGAAGCUGCACCAUGUACUGAGCGCGGCACGGCGGCCAUGCCUGUUUUCGUUUUGGCCUCGAUCCACAAAGAGUAGCCAUCAACCCAUUUGGAGACAAUGCC